AUGGAAAGUCUGAAAUGUGGCAAGGAUACAUACAACCUCAACGAUGCACCUCGACACGGUCGACUACGACACCGUAAGAGUAUCGGCCAAUGCAAAGAUUUUCAAGGAUUCAUGCUCCUCAUUCCAUCAUACAUUGGCGUUGGUUUCCUUGGUCUUCCUUACGUUGUCAAGAUUCUGGGUCUAUGGGGUGGCAGCGCUGGACUUUUCUUCUACGGAAUGUUGAACGAAGUGGCAACCUUGAUCUUAGUAGAAUGCACCAAGCGUCUGUCAGAAAGAACGGGCGAAAGAUUUAGAGACAUGGGGAGAGUUGCUGAAAUAAGUAUGAAGCUGGGGCCUCCUUGUUUACAGCCUCACGCGGGAAAAUUCAGAUUCUUUGUUCAAUUAAGCAUACUCAUUGGCUAUACUCUGUCAAUACCUGAUUUGAUAUCCCUAAUGAAUCUCUUCGGAAAAGAUAUUCUUCGUCAGUACGUCGAAAUUAACGACACUGUUUCUAUCGUAGCCAUUUCGGUGCUGCUAUUGCCUAUCUACCUGACUCGACGGAUGAAACUUCUUUCAUUUGUGGCGACAGCUGGCAAUAUUGUUCUCGUUGGUUUAUUUAUAAUAUCCUUUCAGUAUAUCUGCCAGGACCUUCCGGAUAUGAAUACGAGACCGGCCAUAAAAAUCAUCGAUUACAUUACAUUUACAUCAUUUACAAAUGACGUGAUGUUUACUUGCGGUGGAAUCGGUAUGAUUUUGCCAAUAAGACACAAAAUGAAGACCAAGACGAACUUUGACGGCUGGAAUGGUGUUUUAGGACUUGCCAUGGUGGUUACGACCUGUUUCCAUACUUUUUGUGGUUAUUAUGGUUAUCUGAAAUUCGGAGAAAUGACCAAAGCUAAUUAUCUGUUGAAUCUUCCAGGAGACAAAUGGCUAUACAAGUCUUUGAAGAUUCUUUCUUUCUUCACCUUGUACUCCGCUCAUGGGAUAGCUGCUUUUGUGGUAGUGGAUAUCAUAUGGACACCAUUAAAGGUGCAAUUCAGUGAAGAACUAGUUCAGAACUACGGCGAAUACGUCUGUCGUGUUGUUUUGCUAAUUCUUGCAUGUUGA